GGUUCAUAGCAGUAAUUGAAUUACAGACAUUUGGGGCACGAACGUUCAGCUCUAAUGGUUCUGCUUUGCAACAUUUUAAUUUCUGCCUGAAUUUACUUAUUUUAUUAAAUCGGCACCUGUCAGAUGACAAACAAACGCCAUGGAGCAGUCUAAAGAUUUGACAUGCUAGAAAGGUAGGCGCAGAUUGAGAAACUCAAAUCUUUUUUUUCCUCUGCUGAGCUGUACGUAUAAGUUGGAUUUGCCAAGGAGAUAAUGACAGGACUUCAACAAGGUGUUCCACAGCCCAAAAAUAUCCCCGAAAUUAAUGAGAGUGGGAUACUAUGGGGGAGUCCAUCAGAGCCUUGGAAUUCUGAGAUACCCACUGUGCAUGUGCAAGGGACAGACCCACUGUCUGAGGAAUACAGUGAAAAUCAGAGACUGCUACAACGUUCUUCCAGUUUCGGAAAAACUGUCAAAUUUCUCUUGCCUCCCAUUGUCAUUGAGGAUAAUGUGCUUGAAGACGAAGAGUUACAAUUUUUCCAGGAAGUCAAAGAGGUUAUGGGGCCUAAAGGUUCUGGGUUUAAUGAUCUGUUUAGCUUAGAUAAGUGGAUAGACAUCACAGAGGACAAGCUCUUGAGAAAGAAAAUCCUGAAGCCAGGUCUCGGUGAGACUACUAGACCUCUGCCAGGCCAAGAGGUUACUGUUCAUCUCAUAGGAAUAUUGGAGGAUGGAAGCCUGGUGGAGAAAGAUCCCAAGUUGACCUUCGUCUUGGAUGAAGGCGAUGUCAUACAAGCCCUGGAAUUGGGGGUUCGGUCGAUGCAGCUUGGAGAAGUGGCUUUCAUGCUUACAAAUGGCCUUUAUGCGUUUGGCAUUCUGGGAAGAAACCCAGACAUCCCGUCAGAUGCCUCUCUAAUGUACAGAGUGACUUUACUGAGAGCCAGAGACAAGCCAAGCCUUGGAGUCCUUACUCCAGCAGACCGCAUCAGCCUUGGAAACCAGAAACGGGAAUGUGGCAAUUUCCACUUUGAGCGUGAAGAAUAUCGAAGUGCCAUGCACUCUUAUAGCCAGGCCCUAAGCAUCCUCACCCCAAACAGUGCAGACCCACUGAGCUCAGAGGAGGAAGAGGAGAUUCGCGAGCACAGAAUUAAAUGCCUGAAUAACCUGGCUGCUACCCAGCUGAAGCUUCACCACUUCGAUGACGUCAUUAACUCCUGCAAUGCUGUCUUGGAGAUGGACAUCAAUAAUGCAAAGGCACUUUAUAGGAAAGGAAAGGUGUUGUCUGAGAAAGGAGACUAUGAAGCUGCAAUGUCUGUUCUAAAACAAGCACUUACACUGGAGCCUACAACGAAGGCUAUUCAUUCAGAACUUUCCAAACUGGUGAGGAGACAAAAAGGGCAGACUGAAAACGUAAAAUCCCCAAUGAAACCUAAACCCAAAGCUCAUCUAAAGCUUAGAGAUGACUUAAAUCCGCUUAUUCGUCACAACACCAAGCAGAGGGAUGGUAACAAGAUACUGGUGAUUGGAGUGAUGGUUGCUGCUCUAUUAAGCCUACUGACAGCUUUUAUCCUCAUGCAAGCAAACUGAAUGGAUGUUAUUAUUUUUAUUCAAUAUAGCUCCAACAUAUUCCACAGCGCUGAAAAAUCUAUGGACAAUGCCUAAUACAGUUGGAUCUAUUUUCACUGUAUUUUAAUGAAAUCAGUUUAUUUCCUAAAUUGAGGUUUCCGUAUGUUUUUUCAGAAAAGUUCAGGUCAGAUUUUGUGAACUGUAAAGUACAGUUACAUGGGAUUAUCCCACAGGGUUAUUCAUAAAAGUGAGAACUGUGAUGGUGACACUAUAGUCACCAAAACAACUUUAGCUUAAUGAAGCAGUUUUGGUAUAUAGAUCAUGCCCCUGCAGUCUCACUGCUCAAUUUUCUGUCAUUUAGGAGUAAAUCACUUUUUUAUGCAGCCCUAGUUCCACCUCCCUUCUUGUAACAUGAACAGCCUUCCUAAACACUUCCUAUAGGGAGAUCUAAUGUGUACACUUCCUUUAUUGCACAGUCUGUUUAACCCAUUAACGACGGAGGCAAUAGUCCAAGUUCUGAACCAAAACAAAACCUGGAAUUUGAGCUAUAUGUCUGUUAAGCCAUAAUUUACCUCUUUCAUAUUAAGUGCACCCUCACUAUCACUAUCCUUUUGUUCAGGAGAAAUAGGGGUUUCAUUACACAUUAAAUAUUUAUAUAUAAAAUAUAAUUAAUAUGCAUAAAUUCUUAAAAAAAAAGUGAGAAAUAACUGCGAAUGUCAUAAUACUGUUGGCUUUUACUUCAAUAAAAUGCACACGUUUGUAUGCAGUGAUAUCCCACUAGUUCAAUGAUGCUCCCCGGGUAAAGGUGUCUUUGUGUUUUGCAAAGUUACAGGGUCAAAUAAAGAGCUUGCCCAUUUCAGUUUUUACUCGUUGUAAUUUGCCUGAUUGCUUUGCUGAGCCUAUGUUGCCUUUGAGACCAUAUGGAAGCCCAGGAAUAAAAAUUCCUUCCCAUCAUGGCAUACCAUUCGCAAAAGUAAACAACCCAGGGUAUUCAAAAGCAAGUUUUUUUAGUAGCCACUUAGUCAGAAACCAUGCCCAAACUUAGUGUUCAUAUUUGUUUGUUGCAUUUUUCAAACAAAAAAAUCUAUUUCAUUUUACAUGUUACUGCUCUAAAACACUCGUACUCGUGAGACAUUGUUGAACACAAAUAUAACAGUACCCUCUAUGUACAGGUUUUAUGGGAUUUUAGAAAGUUACAGGGUCAAAUAUGGGACUUACAAAGUAAUUCUCUGGAAUUUCUGCUUGGGUUAUCAGGCAGGGCUCCCUAUAUAUAAUUCACAAGAUUAAAAAACUAUAUAUAAAUACAUUUAAAAGCGAACUUAAAACCCUUUUUUUGUAGUACAGCAUAACAUGAAAUGGUUAAUUUAGAAUUCCUUUUUCUCAUGCACUGUUAAUAACUUGCUAUACAUUGCAAGAGACUCCUGUGUGAGAUUAAAGUUCAAUUACAGAACAGGUGAUAAAUCCUUCUAAAGUAAGUUAACAUCUGAUUGAAAAUGAAGCCUUUUUUUCAUGCAGGCUAUGUGAGUAAUAGCGAGGGAAGGUGUGGCUAGGGUUGUACAAACAGAAACAAAAGUGAUUUAACGCUAAAGUUUAAACUAAAGUUGUUUUGGUGACUAUAGUGUCCCUUUAAGGCAAAAAUAGCUGAAGUUCUCGAAGUCAGCAAUGCUUCCAGUUCAGCUACUUUGGCCUUAAAUAUGAAAUUAACUUUGAAUUUCUGCCAAUUCUCUCUUUACUGUAUAACUCUGGCAGUCUUCAUGCCUAAUGCAUCUAUAACUUAUUUAUUUCUAAUGUGAUUUAUAAAUAUUGUAUAACUGAGUGAAGCACACAAAUAUUUAUGAGA